AAUUUCACAAGUUUGUUCUGGCGUUAUGUACAGGCCUUCAUCGCUUGUGUGGUAAAUAGAGGCGGUUACCAGUUUCCACAAACUCCGCCUAAGGUAGUAUAAAUAACACUGAUAAAGUUUAAAACCACACAUUCAAGUCGUAGGACAGGUAGCGUUAACAACUGUAUAAACGGGUAGAUCUUAAACUAGCGGAGAUAGUUUAAACUUUAAUUCAAAGUAAUGGAUAUUAAGCUGAAGUUUGCUGUUAUGGCUUUACUAGUCAGUGUCGUUAUAUGUCUAGCUACAGUGCUGGCAUUGGUGUUGACUAUGCCUGACUUGCCAACAGCUAUGGGACAUGAUCAAAUUUGUUUGCCAAAUGAGGAUGGAUAUUUUAAAUGUGGCUUUGCAGCUGAUCUGUUACACGAGUAUGUAGAAAGAAUAGCUGCAAAGACUUACGACGAAAUAGAAAUAAAAGAACAAUGCAAGAUGCGAGAAUCGUGUAAACAGACAAAGAAACAAUGGGGUAAAAUGAAGCCAGCUGCAAAACUCACAGGGAAGAAACAGUCAGGCACAUUAAACAAAAAUGAUAUUGAUCCUGAGAUGAUUCCUGUUAGAGAAAACGUCAAGACAAAGCAAAGUACGACACUAGCCGAUGAUACCGGCAGUGAUAUGACACUAGUGAGAGAAUGGUGUCACGGCAAAGAACUGCGUAGAACCGGCGGGUUUCAAGGAAAUGGCAUUGGAUACCGAAAUGGACACUUGGUUGUUCCUGUUGACGGGACAUAUUUUGUUCAUUCUUUUGUUGAGUUAUUAGAGCCAUGUGACCCUUUAACUGGAAAGCCUAAUGUCAAAGAUACUACAAAACCAAUCAAACAUAGCAUUUUUAAAUUCAAGAUUCUCGAUAAAGAGGACAUAGAACUAGUUUCAAAUAUUCAAUCGCGUACUGUUUCACAAAGCAAAUAUUUCAAUUUGUACAAUAGCUAUGUGUCUUCCUUAGUUGAAUUAAAAGCUGGUGAUGAAAUAUCUGUAAAAAUUAGCAACAUAACGUAUCUCAAGUACACGCGAGAUAAUUAUUUUGGGGUUAGUUUAAUUUAUCUGGUUAUUGCUCUUCAUCUCGUGAUUACCAUCUACCAAACGGAGGGUUGGGUGCGGGGUGGGGGUGUUACGUGUUCAUUGUGGUAA